AUGUUGUUUAUUGGUAUAAUACAGAUCCUGCUGCUGAUACAAUAUGUCUGUACGACUGAGAUCAGGAAUAUUAGAUUUUCUAAUUUAAAACUUGAUCCCCUAACAGAUCAGGCCCAUCCUCAUCAAGGCUGGAAAGCUGCCUUCGACUUUCAAAUACCUGAUUCUUUUAAAGUCUAUAAGGACGAUUAUUUUGAACUAGAACUUCCCAGAGUUUAUAUAAUUAAGUUCGCCAAAGAUAGCACAGAAUUGUUGAUUCCAUUAAAGGAUAGGAAUAGCGAGGAGAUCUUUCACUGUAGCGUACCUCAGCAAGCUGCUUACAAGUAUAAAUCAACUAUCCUAAGAUGUGUGACUUUGACUGACCUUGCCCCACACCCAGAGAUAAGUGGACAUAUUGAGUUUUCUUUGUCAUUUAGUAAUGGGGACUCAACCUAUCAAUAUGAGCUAGAGAACGCAAAUUAUUUUGAAAGUGGACUGAACAAUAUUGAGUUUACUCAAGAGCUCAAUGCAGAAGUGUACUUUGAUGCCGCAAAGUUUAAUGACCACUUUUAUACCACAAUCAGAUCAACAACGUACAAAGAAGUGGAGAUAUAUUUUCUUUCAAUGAGAUGUCCCAACGGUUAUCUGCUGGGAGGGUCCCAAAAGAUAAACUUUGAUUCCAAAGACGCUAAUUGUCAACUAAAUUGUAAUACGCCUCAAAUAUUUGUUUCAAAGCAUUUCAAUGAUUGGUGGUUCCCGAAAUCAUACCAGGAAAUAGUAGAUGCAGAUAUUCUCUGUUUCGGUAACAACCUAUGGAUAACAAUUGGAGAACAAGAAAAAGGUCAUCUGCUUUGGGUAAAUGCUAUGCAGGAUGUUGCGGAUGGCCAAAAUACUCUCUAUCAUGAUGUUUUCAUAGAGUAUACCUGUAGUGACACAAUUGCAAAGACAACAUAUCAAACUGAACACACAGCACAUUUAGAAUAUAGAAUUUACGAGGGCACUAAUACAGCAAUUGCAGAGGUUCCAGCAUCAGUUCCCUCGCCAUCGAAAUUAAUCUCAAGCCUUUCAAGUUCAACAUCGUCGGAAUCUAUCUCAACAGUAAUUUCAACUGUUUGUCCUCAUUGCUCUCCUUCCCGGAUCUCCAGUUCCAGCUCAAGUACUAGUUCCAGUUCCAGUACUAGUUCCAUUUCCAUUACCAGUUCAAGUUCAAGCUCAAGUUCUAGUUCAAGUUCAAGCCCAAGUUCCAGCUCAAGUUCAAGCUCAAGCACCAGUUCAAGUUCCAGUUCAAGUUCCAGCUCAAGCACCAGCUCAAGUACUAGUUCCAUUUCCAUUACCAGUUCAAGUUCAAGCUCAAGUUCUAGUUCAAGUUCAAGCUCAAGUUCCAGUUCAAGUUCCAGUUCAAGUACCAGUACUAGUUCCAUCUCAAGUUCCAGCUCAAGCACCAAUUCAAGUUCCAGUUCAAGUUCCAGCUCAAGCACCAGCUCAAGUACUAGUUCCAUUUCCAUUACCAGUUCAAGUUCAAGCUCAAGUUCUAGUUCAAGUUCAAGCUCAAGUUCCAGUUCAAGUUCCAGUUCAAGUAUCAGUACUAGUUCCAGUCCCAACUCUAGCGGAAGUUUCAGCUCAACAUCAAGUAUUCAAAGUACGCCAUACACAAGUAGCACUUCAUUAACUAGUUCUUUCUCAAGCUAUAGUAGCUUUAAUACAAUUACAACUAGUACAUCAAGUAAUACUACCAUGCCACCGACUAAUGAACGUAUCACAACUGUAUGGUCGACAGCAAUUUCUUUCAGUAAAUACGAAACGUCUUCGUCUAGUAUCUUUUCAUUAUCUUCAGGCAAUACUUCCACUAUGACAACUAGCAAGCCUAGUACUUAUAUUAUAACGACCACAGUUAGCAAAUAUAGCACUUCAUCUACAUUUACUGCGUCAACAUCUCUUCCAUCAUUGUCAAGUUUUGAGUUCCCAAGCACCUCUAUUUCAAUUACAGUAACAGGAUCUGUUUCUAUAUCACUGCAAGAACCAUCAAGGUCAUUAAAACCUUCAUCAAGGGAAGAGUCACCUCCUGAAAUGCCAACUAUUGAUAGCAAUAAUGUUCCUCCCGUUGCACAGGCUCCUACAACUACCAAACUAAAUAACCUUUCUAGUCUACCUCUCAGAUUAACACCAAUAUCUCUACAGGUGGAUACAUUUCCUUCAGCGCAGAUUACAAGAAGUGCUAUCUCAAGUAUAUCCAUCUAUGAAGGUUGUGCUUCACUAAAAGGUGGCAUAAGUUCGUCUUUCUUGUUGUUCUUUAUUUCAAUUUUAAUUUUUUUUUAG